AUGCGUCCCCGAGGACGAAGAAAACUUUGUCAUGUUCUGCUCUUGAUAGCUCUUAUACUUGUCGCCGCUGAUACAGUCUUUGUCUUCAAUCGUGUUUCUCUACAUGUAUCUAUUUCCACAACGUUUCCAGAUCUACAACCAAGGAGAAACGAGCGUAUUUUUAUUGCGAGCAUACAUUGGAACAGCGCAAAAAUCUUGAAGUCACACUGGAACGAUGCUGUAAUGAGCCUGAUAAGGCAUUUGGGACCAGAGAAUGUCUAUGUUUCCAUCCUUGAGAGUGGGAGCUGGGACGACACAAAGGAAGCGUUACGAGCCCUUGACGCCCAGCUCGAGCAUCUUGGGGUCGGACGUACCAUACUUCUGGAGAAUGCCACCCAUAAGGAUGAGUUGGCCAAGGUCCCUUCUCCCGACGACACUGGCUAUGUGUUGUCGCCUGAAGGGACUAGGGAAUUACGACGGAUACCUUAUCUCGCCAGGUUGCGAAACCGCGUGAUGAGUGAGAUUCUUCACGCGGCCAAGUCCCAAGGACGAGACUUCGCUAAAGUCCUCUGGCUCAACGAUGUUGCAUUCAGAGCGGAAGACGCAAUUGCAGUCCUUUCCACAAACGAUGGGCACUAUGCCGCGGCAUGCUCUCUCGAUUUCUCUGAGCCACCCCUAUAUUACGACACGUUUGCACUGCGAGAUGAUCAUGGGAGGAAGACUGUAUCCCAAGUUUGGCCAUACUUCUACCCAGGAAAAUCGUAUGGUGCGCUGUUAGCUGGCAAACCCGUGCCAGUCCAGAGCUGUUGGAAUGGUUUGGUUGCAAUGGACGCGGCACCUUUCCAGGAAACCGAUGCAUUGCACUUUCGGGGCAUACCGGAUUCGUUAUCGCAACUGCACUUGGAGGCUUCAGAGUGUUGUCUCAUACAUGUAGACAAUCCGCUUACUGCGAGCAAAGGCGUAUGGCUAAACCCGAGCGUCAGGGUUGGUUAUACUGGCGAGGCAUACGCUGCUGUCAACCCGAAUGCAACGUGGCCGUCGAUGAGGGAAGCUGUUCUGGGCUUGUGGAAGGCACGACUUGGUGUAGGUGGCGCAACAUGGAAGCACUUCUGGGAGCAGUGGACCGUGCAAUCUCGAAUAAGGCGUUGGAAAGCUCGGUCCCAAGAUACCAUGGUCGAGGAACGGGGAGUGAACUGCAUCGUCAAUGAAAUGCAGGUAUUGGCCGCCAACGGUUGGAAGCAUGUCUGA